AUGUCGCUUCAAGGAAAAGUCUACGCAAUAACCGGUGGUGCAAGUGGUAUUGGCUUCGCAACUGCCAAAGUCCUUGCACAGCGCGGGGCAACCGUGACCAUUGCCGACGUUGACGUCGCUGCCAUGUCAAGCGCUACGGCAUACUUCAAGGAACAAGGUGCUGUCGCAACGGUUUCUCGAGUCGAUGUCUCCCAGAGGUCCGAAGUAGAAAGCUGGCUGGAUGACACUGUUGCGAAAUAUGGGAGACUCGAUGGCGCAGCCAACGUGGCUGGUAUAAUUGGCAAGCACCAUGGUCUUCGGGCUGUGGCAGAUCUAGAAGACGAGGAGUGGCACAAGAUCAUUGCCGUUAACCUGACAGGAACAAUGUACUGCCUGAGAGCGCAGCUUAACAGAAUAGUCGAUGGGGGAUCUAUCGUCAACGUGGCAUCCAUUCAUGGAUUCGCUAAACAUGGUGCUUAUGACGCCAGCAAACACGGCAUAGUUGGCUUGACAAAGGCCGCGGCAAAAGAAAACGGCCACCGCGAGGUGAGAGUCAAUGCUGUUGCUCCAGGCGCCAUCUACACGCCCUUGAUGAAGAAAGCAUGGAAUAUCCACAACCGGGCAGACAACGCCGAGUUUGACGAACCAACAGCUUUUCAACGUCAAGGCACGCCGGAAGAGUGUGCCAAUGUGAUAGCCUUCCUGCUUGGACCCGAAAGCACUUUUGUGAGUGGAAGCGUUUAUGAGGUGGACGGAGCUUGGAUAUAA